UUGGGGUUGAGCAGGAGGGUCCGAAGGCCGUCGAGCAUGACCAGCGCUGGCGCCAAGGGGUCGCGGCUCUCGCAGCCGAUGGUGAAGAGCGUGCUGGUGUAUCGCAACGGGGACCCUUUCUUCCCGGGGCGUCGUAUUGUCGUCAACGAGAAGAAAGUUUCUAACUUUGAGGUGUUCCUGAAAGAGGUGACGGGCAGGGUGAAGGCACCCUUUGGAGCUGUGCGUAACAUCUAUACCCCCCGGGGUGGGCAUCGUGUCCGGCAGCUGGAGGAGCUUCAGAGUGGAGAGCAGUAUGUGGCUGGUGGCAGGGAAGCCUUCAAGAAACUCAACUAUUUGGACAUUGGAGAAACAAAGAAAAAACCUGCUGAAGUCAAUAACGAGCCAACAGUGGAAGAUGUCAAGCCGGUUACUCACAGUAGAAUCACUGUGUCAGCACGGUUUCGAAAACCACUCCAGGAACCCUACACUAUUUUUCUGAUUGCUAAUGGAGACCUUAUUAGCCCUGUAGUGCGCCUCCUCAUUCCCAGGAAAACACUGAAUCACUGGGAUCAUAUUCUUGAAAUGGUUACAGGAAAAGUUACCCUCAGAAGUGGAGCUGUUCACAGACUUUACACUUUAGAUGGAAAACUUGUUCAGAAUGGGUCAGACUUGGAGAAUGGGCAAAUUUAUGUUGCAGUGGGUAGAGAAAAGUUUAAGAAGUUGCCAUAUGGUGAUCUGCUGUUUAGCAAAUCUACAAUGAGAAGGCCACAGGGUUCCAAGGCCUCUGUACUACCUCCGAUUGUGGGAUCUCGAAAGUCUAAAGGCAGUGGAAAUGAUCGGCAAUCUAAAUCUACCGUUGGAUCCAGUGACGCAGGAGAAAACAGUUCCUCACCUCAGCUUCCCAAACGGAAAGACAAAAAAAGCCAGAAUCCAGAGGAUUCUGUGUCCAGACGACACUUACCUAACAACUCUUCAAAAGUAAAACAGACAGUAACAGCUUCCACAGGAGUCCUUCAAGGUGAAGAUAUUUACAAAGCCAGAGAAGAGGGGUCUGAAAUGUGGGGAGCAGCUGAAGUGCAGGAAGAUGAAGAUACUCGUGUAGAAGUUCCCCUGGACCAGAGGCCAGCAGAAACUGUAGAUGAAGAAGAAAAUGCCGAAGAGGAAAAUGACAGGGGAGAGGAGGCAUAUAAAGGACAGGAAGAAUAUCCAGAAGUGAAUGGAGAGAAAAGUGGGGAAACUGUUAAAGAAAGAAGUGAAGUGGAAGAAAACAAGAAGAAAUUAAAUUACAAUUAUGAAUAUGAAGCAGAAGAAACAGAGAAUGUUGACCAAGCAGAGGAAGAGGAACUUACCCAUUUAAAUGGCAAGAAAAAUGAAGAAGAUGGUGAGGGAAUGGAGCACUUGAACUACCAAGGUGAUCUUCAGCCUGAAGAAGAAAUAAAAGAGGAUUCUGACAGUCAGAACCAGGUUGAUUCCCAUCUUGAAAAAGCAUCCACAAAUCCAAGGGUGACAAUCACCAGUCCACAGGAAAGUGAAAAAAAUGACCAGAGCAAUGACUAUGCUGCAGUUGCAUAGAUGGAAAUAAUGUAAUGAGCAGAAAAAGAAAAAUGAUAAUACUUUAAACAUAAAGCAUGUUAUUUUUUGCUAUUGAUAACUUAUAAUGGGAAGAUAGGUUGAGUACCCACACACUGAGUCUUGAGAUGAUAAUGCCAUAAGGACUGAUAGAGAAAACAAACAUUAAUAGCUACUAGAAGAACAUAGAAUUAUUUUUACAAGGUGAGAUUUUCUGAUAGAAUUUGAGGGGGGAAGUACAAGAGUACUGUAUAGUAGUAUUAGAAAUAGAUGAACUAUUCUGUGGUAUAAGAUGUUUAGCAGCAAUAGAAAAACCACCAAAAUGACACUGUUCCAGAAAAAGGAAAAAAAAACCAACUCAAAUUCAAUGUCAAAACUUCUUGUAGAUUUGUUCAGAAAAGAGAAACAACUUUUUACUUUUAAUGUGGACAUAUGUAGUUUUUCCUUUAAAAUUCCGCAUGAUGUGUAUGAUUUUCAGGCAUAAAAUUAAGAUAUAAUUAGAAUAUGUUCCUCACUUAAUCAACUUACGCCCACAAAAAAUGGUGUACUAUAAUGAGGUGUCAGUCCUAAUGUUACUAAAUAGUGGAUUUUCAAUAUAUUAAUUAGAAUUGUUAGUUUUUACAUUGAUAAAUAGCACUUAUUUAGCACUAUGAAUAUAUGUAGACAGCCUACAAUACUGCAGCUUGUUCCCAUUUACAGCAAGAAGUUAUGUUGAUUGUCCUGCACCGAUUCACUAAACAGUGAAUUGUUGUCAUAGUGGGAAAAAAAAGUAAAGGAAGAGUAUGUAGCAGAUCAGUUUCAAAAGUUGAGUUUGGGUGGAUUUGUAAUUCGGUCUAUGUGAAAUUUAAUUUAUUAAUUAAAAAAAAUCAAUAGGCCUGGUUUCUGACUGAAAUUGCCAUGAAACCAUUGCUGUGAAUGGAGCCAUUUUAAUAUGAAACACGUUAGGAUGAGGUGGCCAGUUUUCUGUAAAAGUAGGCAACUAUCGCUGCAUCUAUGAAUCCUUUAUGUAGCCUUAAUGGUUGGGAGUGUGUCAUCUUCUUUUUGAGCAAGCUGGCUCUUGAUAGGCUGUGGCUUAAUUUGCAUUAGUAAAUAAGGCAUUGAUCCACAGUAUUAGUUCUCUUAAUGACACUAAUUCCAUUGCUCUUACUGUUUCUCUGCUAAUAAUGGGAAUAAUUUGUAGUUCAUGGAAAUACAGCCCUGAGCAUAAUUUCAUUAAUUAUACAAAAGAAAUAGUGGGUUUCCUUAUCAUUAAUGCUGGUAAAUUAUUACUAUGAGAAACUAAAUGUCAUUUUUUGUUGAUUUCAUGCCAUUAAGACAAAAAUUACAUUUAUGAACAAAUUGAACUCGAAGCACUGUUUGAGGAAUGUGAAGAAGCACUUGUCAUGACUGAAACUCAUACAAACAUCUUCACUUUUUCUAGUAACUAUUAAAUAUAUUUUUCCGAUGGAGUAGAAAUACAUACAGAUCCUUCAGCAUGUUUCUGAGUAUUGGCAAUGUAAGUGUAAAAAACCAUAAUGAUAAAAAACAUAUGAGCAGGGUUAGAACAGUUUGCCCUGUGGCAUCUCUGUCUGUAAUUCCUGUGUCUUUUGUUAAACUGUCUGAUAAAGAUCUGAGGGAAUAUUACAUUUGUGAUCAGUUCAAAAUAAGCUCCUAAUUUGGCCAAGCUCUUAAGCAAGUAUGUAUGCUUCUUUUAUUUGAUACAGCAAUUAAGCCUAUGCUGAAAUACCUUUGAUUUCACUGGAAUUUAAGGAGACAUUUAAAGUUAAGAAGUAAAAAACCACCACCCCACCCCCCCCAAAAAACCCAAACCAACAACAAAACAGAAUGAAUAAAAUAACCGUACGUGCUAGUGAGGAAAAAUGACACACAGAAAUCCUCUAGGUACCUUUAUAGUUAAUCCAACACUGGAAUAAUAUAUGCAGUAGCAUUAAAAGUCCUUAAACGAUACUUAACCAGCCAGAGAAGGCAGCUCUGAGUCCUUGGGGUGCUUAGGGGAGCUUACCCACUGAAAAUUCUGUGCAAAGCUGACCAAGGAAAAUGGGUAAUGCUGCGUUUUUCUCACUUAGAGCUGAGUAACUCAGAUGCUUACCAGUAAGCAUGGGCUUAAAUGUGUUGCUGAAUCAAGACAAAUGACAGUAAUCUUGUAUUGACAUUACUAUGAAUGGGCUCUUCGCUAGAAGUUAAUGGUGUACCAAAUACAGGACUCUCCUUGCUUCAUUUUAUUGCAGAUUAAGGCUUGAACAACCUCUGAGAUGUUCUUCAUGCUCAAAAGUUUGAAGUUAAAUUGGCAUCCAAAAAUAUCUGAUGGAGAUACUCAAUUUGGAGAACGUUUGCCUCAAAAUGUUUAACUAGAAACAAUAUUUAGAAGAAACCGAGGGAUUUGUAUGGUGAUACUUUUCUCCCUUUGGUUUCUAUUUAUAGCUUCUGUCUGCCAACAGUUUCCGUCAUUUCUUCCCCUUUCCCCAAAUGUUUGGUGUCUUCCAUGCUUAUAAGACUUACAGAUAUCAGUAAGAGUAAUUUAAAAGCUCAAACUAAAUUCUAGGGAAGUGUAAUAUGAUCAUUUUCUUUCAUGGGAAUAUGAAAUCCCUAUGAGUGUUAUUCAGCCUUUAAAAUGUUUUCCCCUCUGUUUUCUUGUAAGAAAGACAGGAUAUAUUUCUUCAGAAUAGCAAAUCAGACUUUUUGGGAAUAGAGAUAUAACCAUUUUAUCAUUCACCUUACAACACUGACAACACGGAUUUUGUAUCAGGUUCUUUUAUAGAGAGAAGUUAGUUUAUGCGUAACAAAUAAUUCUGAUGUUAAAGUAGAAAUUAAACAAAGCGUACAGGUGGUAUUGCAAAUAAUUUUUCUGUCUGGAUUUGCUGUGUGUGAUGGCUUAACUCAGUUUUACAUGAGAAAUACAUUAUUUUGUUAAGCUUAUAUAAUGCUAUUUUAUUAAGCUUAUAUGCAACAGUUCUGAGGGGUUUUUCAAGAAUUGUUUUCUUGUUUUGCUUUUAUUUUUAAAAAUAAUUUGCUAUUAAAGAGAACUAGCACACAGAUA